CCUAAAUCUCUUCUAAAUGGACUCUCUACACAGAACCUUACUGCAAGAAGCCAAAAUGACCGAACUAAUCACAAAUCUCCAUGCCCCAAGCUUUGAAGACACAAGGCACAAGGACCCUUACUUAAUACAGACAUGGCUAAAGAUGUUUAGACUGGAACAAGACAAGGAGUUGAGGUACUCGUCUCCGAAGAAUAUCAGCAAAAUUUUAUUUGCAAACAAAGUGUAUAUAUGAUUGAAGUAUAAGAAAUUUGAAAUGCAAGGAGUUCUGAGGGAUAUCGACUAUGGACAGGAAAUAUACUGUAAACCUCUUGAGCGUCUAUUGAUUUUUAGUAAUGUUAAGGAUCAAUUCUUUAUGUCUCUCGAAUCUUUUUUUCCAAGCUUUAUAAAAAUAGCCUCCUAUGUAACAAGGUCUAUCUAUUUAGAAAAAAUAAAGUUGGAUAAGAAACAAAUCAGUUGCCUUCUCAGUUGCUUGAGCAACUUAAAAUCUUUGAGGUUUUCUGGAUCACAAAUAGCAACAGAAGGUAUCAAAAUAUUUUGAAAUUGCUAUCCUUAUAUUGAGAAUCUUUGAAUCUCACAGAGUUUCAACGAAGAUUUCAAACCCUUUGGCCAUAUUGAUGUUGAGAGAAUAUUAAAGGUGGUCUUAUUUUCAUCUUUACUAAGCUCAAUCGAUAAGAUAGAGUUCAAGAAUUGUGACAUAGAUUUACAAGAAGCUCAGAAAAUAAAUAAAAGAUUAGGCAAGAUUUUUAGUGUUGGCUCUCUUUCGAAAGGAUUGGGCCAAAUUAUUUGAUUCACUAAAAAUAUAAUAAAGAAGGAGUAUAAAUGAGUAAUCUAUUAA